UCUGACCCUGAGUCAACCCCGUUUGACAAGAUGAUGCCGUGGUUGAUCGGGCGGAGCCGUCACCGUCCUCUCCGGCCGGCGGUCGAGCUCCAGCGUGCCACGCUCGUCAACGUUAAGCUCAAGUGGACUAAGGAUCGCACGCUGGAUUCCGUCGUUUCCCGAGAGCGCCACCUCCGCCCCGUCCUUCAUCUGAUUGAGCGCAUCUCCGCCGACUCUAGUGGCCAAUCCCCUGCUCAGGAACUCUCGCCGCGCCGCCACCACUCGGAGGUCUCCACCUUCAUGAGGCGUUUUCCUAGCGUCUUCUAUGAGACCUUCUCCUCGCGCACCGGUGGCCCCUGGUUCGCCCUAACUAAUGCUGCUUGCCUCCUUCGCCAGCGCGAACUGCGGCUUCUUUGCCAGAUGGAAUCCGAUUUCGUCGACCGUCUACGACGGCUUCUGAUGAUGAGCGUUGAUCGCGCCCUCCCACUCGGCACCAUCGAUCAACUUAGAUGGGACAUGGGCCUGCCGUCUUGCUACCAGCGAAGCCUGGUGCCCCGCUAUCCGACUUUCUUCGACCUCAUCCAGCCUCCCGGCGAUGAGCGCGUCUGGAUGAAGCUCGUGUCUUGGGACACACGACUCGCGGUCUCGGAGCUCCAGAGGAGCAGGGCCGCACAAGUAAGCGAAGAAGGAGAAGAAAAGUGUUUGGCGUUUCCGGUGCGGUUCCCGAGGGGUUUCGGUCUGAAAAAGAAGUGCAUGGAAUGGCUCCACGAGUGGCAGACUCUGCCAUACACCAGCCCGUACGCGGACGCUUCGGGGCUCGAUCCCCGGACCGACGUCUCCGAGAAGAGGAACGUUGGUGUGUUUCACGAGCUCCUCCACCUUACGCUGGGGAAGAAGACGGAGCGAAAGAACGUGAGCAACCUACGCAAGGCGCUGUCAUUGCCUCAGAAGUUCACCAAAGUGUUCGAGCGUCACCCAGGCAUCUUCUAUUUGUCCCAGAAGAUGGGCACUCAGACCGUGGUCCUCCGUGAAGCCUAUGGUGCUGGUCGGGAGCUCCUCUACAAACAUCCGCUUAUUGAUAUCAGAGACGAGUACCUUGCCCUCAUGAAGGAUUCAUGGACAACAAGGAGAAGUGACGAACGAGCUGAUGAAUGUACCUGCGUCUAGUCCUAACUGACGACCUUCUCAUGGUC